UAUACUGGAUGAACGGCCAAAAAAUAAAAUAACACAACAAAAACGCAGUCUCAGCGGCUAUCGACUGCGCAAUCUGCAUCUUCAACGGCGUCUGGCGCCUGGCCCAUUGCUGCCGGUUAUAAAAACGCCCAUCGCCCGCACGGGCAGCAUCACACGCCUUUCACACCUCGAGGCGCAAUCGUGCACAGUGACAGCGAAAAUUGGACUUUGAAGCAUCCGUGGAAAAUGCGCGCAUUUAUUAUGUUGGCUUUGCUGGCGACAGCCAGUGCAGACGUAGGCGGAUAUAAUUAUGGAUUAGGCAUUGACAAUUUGUCGAACGGAGGCUCAUUAUCUGGCGGCUCGCUGACGGAUGGUUCGCUAACCGGUGGCUCUCUAACCGGGGGCUCACUAAACGGUGGCUCUCUAACCGCUGGCUCACUUAACGGUGGCUCAUUAUCUAGUGGCUCAGUUGGUGACUAUGGAACCAACAGCCAACAGCCGGACUACACCGACGGGAAUACAGAGUUCAACAAGGAGUUUUUCACAUAUUCUGCACCCGAGUCGGACUUUGAGGACAACCGCAGUGUCGGCGACCUGGCCGCCUCGCUGAAGAGAAAUCUGCGCGUGCUCUUCAUUCGUGCGCCGGAGAACAAGGGCUUGGAGAACGCAGCCGUGGCGCUGGCCAAACAGGCGGCCGAGCAGCAGACGGCCAUUUACGUGCUCACCAAGCAGGGCGAUCUCACUAGCCUGGCUAAUAAGCUGCAGAACCUCAAUAGCAUCAACGCCAGGAAGCCGGAAGUGCACUUCGUCAAAUACCGUACUCCAGAGGAUGCCAUUAAUGCGCAGCGCACCAUUCAGCAGGAGUACGAUCGCCUGGGCGGCAGCUCAACGUCUCACAAUGCGGGCAUUGCGCCAGUGCUUGACUUUUCCUCCAGGCAGGUGGCUCAGCAGCCGCUGCAGCUGCUCAACGAACGCCAAGCGGGAGCUGUCAGCCUUGAGUCACAAGGCAAUGGGAAUGCAGCCUCAAUCGUCUCGGAGAUUGAGCCGAAUGCUGCCUACUUGCAGCCAGCAGGCGGUUCGCCUAGCUCCACCUAUCUGCCUAUUAACAAGGUUAAGUAGGCGUGGCAGUCGCUCGUGCUGCAGCAAAUUAGCCAAAUUGUACUGCUAAGUUUUUCGCCCUAACGUUCGUUAUAAAAUACAAAUUUAAUUUUAAUGUA